GCCAUUAAAACGAUACGAAAACGAAAAACGACUAAUCGAUGGAGACUAUUAGAUUAGAUGGCUGCGCAGUAUAAUGGGUAAUCAAGUGUCUAAAACAGAGGUUACGUUAUGCUCAUAACAAACAAAAACAUAUUUGAUAUAAUAGCUUUUUAUAUAAAAUAAUCAUAGCAAUUAUAUUCAGAAGUUUUGUGCAUAAAACAUAACAUGAUCAAUCACUGAAUUAAACGUUUUCUCAUGAUAAACGAAGAAAAUAAAGUAUCACGUAUAUUAGUUAUUUCCAUACAUACGUUAAUAUUGUUUCUUCUCUUGAAUCAUAUUAUAGAGAUAAAAUGUUUUCUCCAGUAAGCUCAAUAGAAAGUUCACCAGGCCGGAUGGCACUAGAGGCUGCAAAAAACAUCAAAGACUUGGCAGUGUUUAAGACUCCUAUUGGGCCAGCUAAACGUCGAAAAUGUAAAAUCCUUGAUGAAGAGACUUACGUGGAAAAAAUAGGAGAAAUAAUUCAAAGAGACUUUUUCCCUGACUUGGAAAAAUUAAAAGCUCAAAAUGAGUACAUGCUGGCACUAGAAAACAAUGACACCAAGAAAAUGAGGGAACUGUACGAAAAAUAUAGUUUAGUUCGACCAGCUACAGAAAGACUUGCUAGUCCUGCUACUUUUGAAACACCAGUUCGUACAGAGAAUUCAAAUGAAGACACAGUCAAAUCUACAACAUCUACAAAUAAAGAAAAACAAAGUAAAGACUUACAACUAAAUGAAAAGAAGGUAGGGUUAGAUGAAUUUUUAAGUAACAACACAAGUGAGGACAAUGCCAGUUUUGAAGAAAUAAUAGUAGAAAAUGAAAAAAGGCACAGACUCAAGAAUGCAUGGUUAUAUAAACCAGAAACAGAACCUACACUCAAUGCCAUUGAAAAUAAUAAAAAUGAAUCAUUAGCAAUUGAAAAUGAUAACAAAAAAAGGCCUUUUGAAACUGAUACUUGGAGUUACAAAAAUAAAAAUUAUAUUAUGUAUAUACCAGAUGGAGUAGAAUUGACAUUAGAUGAAAAAAUUGAGCUUGCAAAAAAGAAGCAAGAAGUUGUACAUUCAAAUACCAGAUUAAAGUUCAAUCCCUUCAAUGAACAACAAAACAAAGAAACUAUUAACGAGCUAGCAAAAGUGCAAUCUAAAGCUAAUGAUGGAAAAAUAGGAAUUGAUGGGAAAGAAAUUGUUAGAAAUGAAACUCCCAGGGUCAAUGGAUAUUCCAUUGUGGCCUCACCUGCACCAUCUAUACCUGAAAGUAUUAUGGAUAGUCCAAUUAUGACUUGGGGUCAAAUAGAAGGAACACCAUUUAGACUGGAUGGUGGAGAUACACCAUUACUGCACUCUUCUGGAGGACCUUCUUUCCGAAUGGCUGAACCACCUAAAAGAGAAAAAAUUGCUAUGCAGUUAGCUGAAAAAGCUGGAGAACGACUAAGGGAUAAAAAAAUUAAAGCUUUGAAUGUAGCCAGACGUUCAUUAGCAACACCUUCGCCAAGAUCGAGUAUUGAUCGACUGAAUACAAUGUCUCCAGCUGCAAAAACACUUGCUACUCAAAAAUUACGUAUCGCCAUUAGUCCUUCUCCUAGCAGAACCUUAUUAAGUACACCUGUUAUGAGAGUUAAAACUCCUUCAACUCCAAGACUACUCACACCUAUGAUAAAAUCUAAUAAACCAGAUUCAAUUCCGAAAACUCAAUCACCAGUUCUAACAGAUAAUCUGUUAAAGUUACCUAGACGGCAAAGAGCUGCUGACUUUUUUUAAAUUAGUGAAUUGGUAUAGCAUCUUAUUGAUUGUUAAUGAUUAAUGUAUAACAUCAGUGCAUGAUUACAAACACUGUUGAAAGAAAAAAAUGUAAGACAGCAGUCGACUAUGAAAACAUCUAAAUCAUAUGUUUAAUAAUCUUAAAUCUCAUCAAAUACAGUGAUAUUAUUUUUUAUCUUUGAGUAAGAUGAUAAUGAAUAUUAUAAAAAUUAGAAUUACUAUAAGUAUUAAACUUAUAGUAAUGUCACAUAUUUGCAUAUUUCAGAGAUUAUAUAUAUGUAAAUAUUCCUUUUCUUAUUUUAUAUACAUCAACUACUGAAAUUUCUUCAUAUUUUUUACAUUAUAGUUGUAUACUCAAUAUUUUUGGUAAUUAUGGAUCUUGUGGAAAAGUAUUGUAUACUUAUUAUUGCACUGAGAUAAUUUGCAUAAAUCACUGACAAAAUUUUUAUUUGAUUCACCAACAAAAUGUUGAAAAAUUUACAGAUUAGUUAUUCUAUCAUAAUGUGAUGAAUAAUGUAUGGAAAAAUAAUUCUCUGAAAUUUGCUUAAUGUGUUACUGUAAAUAAAACAAAUAAGAUUUAUAUAUUUUAUAAAUAUAAAAAUGUUAUUAGAUUUGAAUACCUCUGUAAAAUAAUAUAGAAAAU